GCCUCCAGUAACCGGUGGCUGGUCCGACCGGCUGCGCUGUGAGGACGCGCCUCUCCCCUGCUUCCAUCCGGCGGAGAGAGAAGAAGCUUUGAAGUAUGAAUUACGUGGGGCAGCUUGCCGGACAAGUUCUGGUUACUGUGAAGGAACUAUACAAAGGCAUUAACCAGGCUACACUCUCAGGGUGCAUUGAUGUAAUUGUAGUUCGACAACAGGAUGGUACGUACCUGUGCUCGCCAUUCCAUGUCCGGUUUGGAAAGCUUGGCGUUUUACGUUCGAAGGAAAAAGUGAUUGAUAUUGAAAUUAAUGGAGAAGCAGUUGAUCUUCAUAUGAAACUGGGUGACAAUGGAGAAGCUUUCUUUGUGCAAGAAACAGAAGAAACAUUUGAAAAAGUCCCAGCACAUCUAGCAACAUCCCCAAUACCCACAGAAGAUCAGUUCUUCAAAGAAAGUGAUGACCAUUUGCUGAAGCCAAGUGAAAAUGCAAGGAUGUGUCAAGAAGAUUCAGACAUUCCACGAAUUGUAGAAGCAGAGCCUGUGUUUUCCUCUGGGUCUGUGAAGAAGAAAAAGCGGAGGAGAAGAAAAUAUAAACAAGAUGCCAAGAAAGAAGAUCUAACCAUCUGUCCUGGAACUGAAGAAGUAUUUGAAAUGGAAAUCAGUUCUGAUGAUGAGAGAAGUAUUCAGCCGCUGAGAAAUUCCUCGGAUUCUCCACUAAAGGAUGAAGAAUAUAAAGAAUCACUGAUUUACCAUUCAAAAGACCAUUACCCCUUAUCUGAUGGAGACUGGUCUCCUUUGGAAAACCCUUUUAACCAAUCAGCUUGUCCAAAAAGUGAUUCAGAACUGGAAGUUAAACCUGGGGAGAGCUUACUGAGAGCAGAGUCACACAUGGAAUGGACAUGGGGAGGUUUCCCUGAAUCAACCAAGGUGAGCAAGAAAGAAAAAGUAGAACAUCCUAGAACUGUCACUCUCACUCCAACAGAAAAGACUCAUUUCAGAGUAAUCUCCAGCACUGACACAGUUGAAGAUGACAUUUUGGUGAACAGUUCAGUUUGCAUGGUACUGAAGCCCGAACCAAGAACUCAUCCUCUCCUUAAAGAGCUAGAUAUAAGAGGCAAACUUUCUUCUACAGCAACUGAACCUGUUUUAGAAAUUCUUCAAGACUCGCCUGCAUUAGAUACAGAUACCCUUCCCAGUCCGUUGGUAGAUUCCUCAUUAGAAAUGAAACAAUUGGUAAAACUUGACUCUCCGUCAAAGAAGAAAGGGACACAUAAGAGAAGCCAGCACCAAGGGCCUGAUGACAUAUACUUGGAUGACCUGAAGGCGUUGGAACCUGAAGUUGCUGCUCUGUAUUUUCCCAAAAGUGACUCUGAUCCAGGUUCCAGACAGUGGGUGGAAUCCGAUACACUCUCUGGGUCACAGUCGCCACAAUCUGUGGGAAGUGCGGCAGCUGAUAGCGGCACAGAAUGUAUGUCUGAUUCUGCUAUGGACUUGCCUGAUGUCACUCUGUCUCUUUGUGGAGGUCUUAGUGAAAACGGAGAGAUCUCGAAAGAAAAAUUCAUGGAGCAUAUUAUUACUUACCAUGAAUUUGCUGAAAACCCAGGACUUAUAGACAAUCCUAAUCUGGUAAUAAGGAUAUACAAUAGGUACUAUAACUGGGCAUUGGCUGCUCCCAUGAUUCUCAGCCUGCAGGUGUUCCAGAAGAGUUUACCACAGGGUACAGUUGAAUCUUUGAUUAAAGAUAAAAUGCCAAAGAAGUCUGGAAGAUGGUGGUUCUGGCGUAAGAAGGACAGCUUAGUUAAACAGCUUCCAGAGACAAAGGAAGGGAAAUCUGAAGCUCCAAAAAGUGACCUAUCAGUUACUAUGAAUGCACAAGUUGAAAACCGACCUACAGAUGAUUCUUCUAGCGAUGAAGGGUCACGGGAACUGAAAGAAUCCUUAAAAAUAGAUUCUAUUUCAGUUGAACAUCCGAGCCAUGGGAAUUCUACCUCAUAUAAAAAAUCACUAAGACUGUCUUCAGAUCAAAUUGGAAAGCUGAAGCUUAGAGAUGGCCCAAAUGAUGUUGUGUUCAGUAUUACAACCCAGUAUCAGGGGACUUGCCGUUGUGCAGGAACAAUCUACCUGUGGAAUUGGAAUGACAAAAUCAUCAUUUCUGAUAUUGAUGGGACAAUAACAAAGUCUGAUGCUUUAGGACAGAUUCUGCCACAACUCGGUAAAGACUGGACACAUCAGGGUAUUGCAAAACUGUACCAUUCUAUUAACGAGAAUGGCUACAAGUUUCUGUAUUGUUCUGCUCGUGCCAUAGGAAUGGCAGAUAUGACAAGGGGGUACUUGCACUGGGUCAAUGACAAAGGAACAAUCCUGCCCAGGGGUCCCUUGAUGUUGUCUCCUAGCAGUUUGUUCUCUGCUUUUCAUAGGGAAGUGAUAGAAAAGAAGCCAGAGAAGUUCAAAAUUGAGUGUUUAAAUGAUAUCAAGAACUUGUUUGCUCCAUGUGAACAACCUUUCUAUGCUGCUUUUGGAAACAGGCCUAAUGAUGUAUACGCCUAUGUGCAAGUGGGAGUUCCUGACUGUCGAAUAUUCACAGUCAACCCAAAGGGUGAACUAAUCCAGGAACAAACAAAGGGAAACAAGUCUUCAUAUUACAGACUCAGUGAACUUGUAGAACACGUGUUCCCACUUCUUAACAAGGAGCAGAAUUCUGCUUUUGUGUGCCCAGAAUUCAGUUCUUUUUGCUUUUGGAGAGAACCACUUCCAGAGGUGAACAUAGAUGAUUUCGUUUGAACAGCAUUUGCUCACACAGCACCUCUUUCUAGAGAGAGGCCUCUUUAUCCUUUGGUACCAUGUGUCUUAUUAAAUAUAGAAAACGCCAUGGGUUUGGUACAAGUCAGUGAAAUGGAAGGCUAAUCUCUCUGUUCUUUAGAUUUCCUUACUGAAUAAGGCACUGGAAUGGUAACUAGUCUUUUAGAUAGCAGGCCAUCAAGAGAUUAGAAAACAGCAUAGUGUGGGAAUUUAGGGACAGCUCUUCAAUUUCAUAUAUACAAAUCUUACUGGAUGCAUGUGGUGAUUUGUGCUCUUGUAUCCUUAAUAUUAUCAUCUUAAACAGAAAAUGUAUGUUGAACUGAUUAUAGACACUGUUAGGCCCAAUAUAGGAAUCAUUAUCUAGUACUGAAUUACUUAAGCUGUUUCAGAUGUGAUAUCUGAAACUCUUAUGGUUAAAUUCCUUAAUGUCUUAAGCAUUUAUUAAGUAAUUACUGCUUGAUAGUCAUUUUGCUGCAUCAGAGUAGCGAUGGUAGAAGUGGAGAUGGUACUGUAGUAGCACAUUCUCAUAAUUGCUUUGCCUUGUAACAUUUUUUUAAACCAUACAGUGAUCGGGCUAUCUAAUAAGCCUUUCGUUACUUGUGGUAUACAUAUAUAUGAAUCCUUAGCUGCUAUAUGAAAUUGGAAAUCUGCAGCGAGGGUAAGAAAACCUUUGCUGCUAUAUUUGGCACUUCUUAAACUCAUUUAGUCUGUGCACACUACAUAGGUCAGUAAGCAAAAUAUACAGAAAACAUUCAGGGAUAAACUCUUGCCAUAUAACAAAAAGGUAAUGUAUAUAAUCAGUCCUUAAAACUGGGACCACUGUUUAGCCUUGCCAGAACUCUGUGUGUAUUGGGAUUCUUCAGUUCAGUAAAAGAGGCAUGGGACAAUGGGACUGAAGUGAAAAAUUAUGAGUAUGUGCUGUAAACGUCAGUUUGGACCAAAUCCUUUAUUAUUAGUAGCACAGUAGAUCCAAAAGCAACUUAAGUCCUGAUUUAAGUAGCCAGUUGUCUUACAUUCUCUAAUUUGUUUUAAUUUUUGCAAGUCAGUUGAGCGAUGUCUGUAAACCAAACAGCAGAUUGGGUAAGUUUUAGCCCUUCCCUUGCCAGGCUGUUGUAGUACAUCACGAGCAAAACCAAACAAACUGGAAAAUUUAAGGUUUUUUUUUACAGUCAUCAUUAAUUUGAAGUUAGCUAGGUCUAUAUCUGAAGGAAGUGGCAGAAGUGAAAUGCUGCCACCACUUGGCUAUGACUGAUGCUUUUCCUAUUUGCCCAGAAGAUCCAUAUACAUAUAUCAAAACUUCCUAUUCUCUUGUCAGAUAUAACAUUUUAAUUUACAACUCCAACAAUUCCUGAUGCAGGUUUUUAUUUUAAGUCUGCUUCCCUAACAAUGCUGAAGGGCUAGGUGCAGCUCUGGUUCUCAGUAGAAGCAUGACUAGGCUCCUCGGGAUCUUUCACAAAGGUAGAAGAGAAUCGAGGCUUGUUCUUCAGUGAAACUGUUUAGAAAAUGCACCCAAGAAGAAUGAACUGUUAUAUGGAUCAGUAGGCGUAAACACAGCAAAUUUCUAGACCUUGCAAUUCCUAACACUAGAAUGGACAGCUGUGUAAUUUCAACAUGAUUUUUGUCAUCCAGGUAGAACUAAUUUGAUAAAGUACAUUUUUUCUAGUGCAAGGGCAGUGUGAAUUGUAGAAUGCCAUCAAAACAAAAUUUGCUAUACUGGAUGAAAUCCAUUUCAGCAGUUGGAAUCUGCUCACUUACCUUUUUAUCUUACUUUAUGUAAAGCACUCUGAAAUGUGAAAAAGUGAUUGGAGUGGAGAGAUCCAUGAGCUGUUUUUGACUAUAACAAUUUCCAAAAGGCUUCUGGAAGAAGAAUUCUUUUAUAUACUUAGACUGGGAAAAUUCUGUUAUUUGUAUGUUUAAUGCUGAAGAGUGCUCUUGAGUCAUCUUGAUCCAAACAUUAUUUUGAAAUUAAUAUGCACUUCUUAAAAAUAAUGUGCUAUAAUUUAUAAUGUCAAAGUCUGGAUUUGGAUAGCAUCAUGCAGAUCUUUAAAUAUUAAGUUUGGAUUUUACCUCAAUGACUCUAGAGCUGUCCAGUGGUAGACUGUGCCCAGUAUUCACAAAUCUUUGUGCUUAAGAGGCCUCCUUAAUGUUUCCUUCUUGUAGUGGAAAUAGAUUAUCUAAAAUUGGUAUUGGGAAACAAAGCUUGUACUAUGUCUAUUUCAGAUCUGCACAAGUUAGCUAAUUCUUUCCAUGAAAGAGUUGAACAUUUAUGUUCAUGGGAAAACAGCCUUUUAAAAGCUGUUUUGGAAAUGCAUUUCCUUUUACUUUGGAAAUGUACUGAGCAGCUUGUGCUGCAGAAAUUAUUACUUGAAAUGUCAUACAAAUAUACUAUGACAGUUUUCAAGUAAGGGGCUGAGAAAUCAUAGCCUAAAACCUUGCAGCAUUUGUGUAGAAAUGAACAAGGUAAAUGCUGUCCAUUAUGCAAGAAAACAAUCAAAUUUGUAUUACAAUGUAUAUGUCUAGGUUUCUUAUUUCAUUGAUGUGUUCAAAACUAGUUGUGGGGGGGACUGUAUUUCUUAAUAUUCAAGGGGAGAUGUGAUUCUUUGAAAUAUUACUCUUUAAAAUAAAAAUGUUUCAAGAAUUGUUACCUCUACUCAAACUCCAAUAUGGUUCUUCAGCUGAGGAACUCUGAAUUGAUUCUGUGAAUAUGAAAUCUAAGUUGGUGAUUGAAAUAAAAGUGUUCCUGAAGGCAACUAAUGCAAAAUAUUCAAACGGAGAAAUAUAUUGGAAUUCAUAAUUUAGGGGCAUGCCUUGUUGCCAAGAAUUUUUUGUUAAUCAGCAAAACCUCGACUUGGACUUUUUUUUUAUUCAGUCAAAAAGUCUGCAUUUUGGUUGGUUUUGAAUGCAAGGGAAAAAGAGAACUCUUCAGUAUAUUCUAUUUAAAUACUGAUAAUUGUGUUAUAAAUAUUUUUGCUUUGAUUUAGUUUUGCUCAGUUAUUAACUGGUGAACAUUCCAGUACAGUAUUUUGUAAAAACUGUUAUGUUAGUAAAAUAAGUCACUUCUGUGUUUAAUUAUACUGACAAUAAAACAUUACCUAAGAA